GAGCCAUGGAGAGAGCAAGUCUAAUCCAGAAGGCCAAGUUGGCCGAACAGGCCGAACGCUAUGAGGACAUGGCAGCCUUCAUGAAGAGUGCUGUGGAGAAGGGUGAGGAGCUCUCCUGCGAAGAGCGAAACCUGCUGUCAGUGGCCUACAAGAAUGUGGUGGGUGGCCAGAGGGCUGCAUGGCGGGUUCUGUCCAGUAUUGAGCAGAAAAGCAAUGAGGAAGGCUCGGAAGAGAAGGGCCCAGAGGUUCGUGAGUACCGGGAGAAGGUGGAGACGGAGCUCCGGGGCGUGUGCGACACCGUGCUGGGCCUGCUGGACACCCACCUCAUCAAGAAGGCUGGUGAUGCUGAAAGCCAGGUCUUCUACCUGAAAAUGAAGGGUGACUAUUACCGCUAUCUGGCUGAGGUGGCCACCGGUGACGACAAGAAGCGCAUCAUCGACUCUGCCCGGUCAGCCUACCAAGAGGCCAUGGAUAUCAGCAAGAAGGAGAUGCCACCCACCAACCCCAUCCGCCUGGGUCUGGCCCUGAACUUUUCCGUUUUCCACUACGAGAUCGCCAAUAGCCCUGAGGAAGCCAUCUCACUGGCCAAGACCACCUUCGAUGAAGCCAUGGCUGACCUGCACACCCUCAGUGAGGACUCCUACAAAGACAGCACCCUCAUCAUGCAGCUGCUGCGAGACAACCUGACUCUGUGGACGGCCGACAAUGCCGGGGAAGAGGGAGGCGAAGCACCAGAGGAGCCCCAGAGCUGAGCCACGCUGCUACUCUCCCUGCCCUGCCCUGCCCGCUCCAGUCCCCCACCCCCAGCAGAGAGGACUAU